CAGGCUUGUUUGUCGUGACAUCGAUUUUACCGAUAAUUGGAAUUCAAAGGUUAUUCUAAUUUGAAAUAAAUUCAGUAAAUAUUGUGUUCAGUUAUAAUAACGCGUAAGAGAAGUCUAGUUUACUCAGUGGUUUAUCAUCGUAGAAGUAUUGAGAUCUGUCAUUGUGUAUCAAGUUCAAGGUUAACUAGGCCGAGUUCAUCAACACAUAAAGGAUGGUGUAUCAAAAUAAUGCAUUCAGACAUAGUAGCCUGUAUGAUAGAGUGGAGAAGUUACUUCUCUCAUAUGAAUGGAGUGACUGCAAAUUCACCGUGGCGGGAAGGCACUUCAAAGCACAUAAAUUGAUUUUAGGCAUCAGUAGUCCCGUGUUUGAAGCAAUGUUCUAUGGUCCCCUUUCCACUAAUGAAGAAAUAGCCAUUACUGAUAUUGAACCAGAUAUUUUCCAACUUCUACUGAAUUAUGUUUAUACAGAUAAAGUUGAAAUACCUUCUAUUGAACAAGCCUUUGAACUGCUGUAUGCUUCCAGGAAAUAUUUAUUGGAGCACUUGUCAGAUCUAUGUAUUGCCUAUAUACUAGCUAAUAUCAGUACUGACAAUGUUAUCAGAGUCCUGAAUUAUCCUGAUUAUAUGCAAGACCAACAGCUGGUCUCAUUUGCCCUGAAGCUGUUUUGUGAACACGCCAAUUACCUAUUGCAAGAGCAUAAAAACAUGAUAUCAUGUUCAUGUAUGAAAACUAUUUUAGAAAGUGAUCAAAUGAAUAUAUCAGAAAAGUCACUGAUUAUACAUGUUUUUCAAUGGACACUACAUUACUGCAAACAAAAUAAUUUACCUGAGGAUCUGAAAAGUAGACAUAAUAUUUUGAUUGAAAAUGACUUCUUAAAGUUACUCAGAUUUUCUGCUCUUACAAUUAGUGAAUUUGAGGAAAUUAUUGAAAGUAAGGACAAUAUUCUACUACCAGAAGAAUCCAAAGACAUAGGCGCCAUUAUUAAGAAGAUUAAAAAUGAUGAUGAACAUUUGUUGAAUGUUAACAGCCUAUGGUCAAUACCCCGCAGCCCAAUAAAGCUGCAGUGGGACCUCUGCCACCGCCGGCCGCUGCGGUCAGCUGCUCCCAUUGUCAUAGAUUCUAAUAACAGUGUCAUUAAUAGCAGGGUUAAAGUUAACAAGUCGGUCUUCAUCAACUCUCUAUGUAUACCUACCAGAAUGGCCCCAGUACUAAACUUCCGGAAUAACAUAGGCAAUUCUUACUCUGAACAGUUCUUUGUUACUGUAGAAUGUGAAUCAGAUAAAAGUAUCACCAAAUUAACUAACUUUAUGAACACGGUUGACUAUGACUCUUCAGUUGAAAUCGAGUUGUCUGAGCCAUACUUUAUUAAAAAAGAUAAAUGGUAUAAAAUAAUUUUCCAGUGGUCGCAAACAUUCGACGCAAUUACGUAUGUUGUUGAAUACCGUGAUCGAGUUUUUAGUGAUCAUAAAGUUAGUUUUGAGUUUGAUGACAUGCCUUCCAGUGCCAGAGUCAGUGGAAGUUUCCUUGGAGGGUUAAAGUAUUGUUUGUAAUUUAUAUUUAUUAACACGGUUACCGUCCGUGCAUUAUAGGACAUGCACCGUCAAACUAGCUCUGUCACGUCCAAGUGACGUCAGAAAUGGGAAUGCUCUAUACAUUUGUGCAUUACCUGAGCGGCUACCGCGAAAACCGAAAUUCGCAAAUUACGGGGAUCUUUCUCUUUUACUCCAACGAAGGCGUAAUUAGAGUGACGGAGAAAAAUCUCCGCAAUUUGCGAACUUCGAUUUUCGCGGUUAUAGCCCUGUAAUGCACGGACGUAUCGAUCCAUGUGAGUAGUGAAGGCGAGGGACAGUUAAAGUGUUAACACAGAAGCUUGUAUUGUGAUUGUAAAUCUCAGUAUUAAUUUUUAACAGCUGAAUUUCGUUGUACAAAUAAAUUAAUGAUAAUUACAGUAAUCUCUAUUUAUAACUUGGAUCUGAAUCAUACUUACUAACCUACACUUAUUUAUUUACAUAGUCGUUAUACCUACCUACCUAUUGUAAUUGUAGAUUGUGUUAUUUGGCCAUCUGUUUGCAUGUUUUGCCGAUCUUGAUGUGUUUAUUCUGUGUAUAAUAUUCUUGGGGGUGGUUUUAGUUUUUAGUGUGUAAUGUGUCUUGUAUGUUGGUAUAUUACGGGAAUGAUGAACACUUUUUCUCCAGUCUACUGACGGAGGCUCUACCGCGAAAACCUAAAUUCGAAAUUUCUUUAUCUGCUUCUCUAUCGCUCGAAUGUGCAAGAGCGAUAGAGAGGCAAAUGACGUUUUUCAAUGUUGGCGGUAGGCCCUCAGUUCAUAAGUCGUAGUCGUACUUAUCUCGUGAACUAUUGUCCUAUUAAUUUAAGUAAUAAUGAUGUGGCUUAAAACCUACCAAACAAUUGCGCCAUCCUAUAAAGUCCAUGUGACAUCUACCCGCACAUUCUGUACUUUUAUGCAAAAUUGUACAUUUAUAACAAUUAAAUCGUAGUACUCAGGAACAGGAGCAGGAAGGAAUAUUAAGAUUAAAUUAGUUGUUAUUGGGUCUCUCUAAUUAUUGGCACAUCGAGCUUGAUUUUUAAGUAUGUACCAACUAUCCUAUACAGGCUGUUGUUUUUAACAUCUUUACUAUCGAUGCUUAUUGUACUAGGGUUAUACGACUUAUACAGUCAAGAAAACUAUUUGCUUAAGCACUCUUGCAUGUAUGCAGGAAUGCCAAUAUAAUUGCUUUUCUGACUAUACAGCUAAUAUAUAUAGUAAUAUGAAACUAUGAAAAAGGAAUUUAAUUACAAUUUGUUUGCGCAAGUACGCUUUAAGUUUCUAUAGACAUUUAUAAAGAAAGAGAUGUAACAAGAAAAGUGCGAAUUUACUAAUCUAAUUUCCAUCUUCAGACGAACCAGUAUAACGCAUAAGCCAGUGUAAUACUAAUAUCUGAAAUGCAUAAUUGUUACGUGGCCCUGAGACAAGUUAUACAAUGUUCCGAGUCAGGAAAAUUAUUUUGUCAAUUUAGCAUAUCGUCUGCUUUAGUCGCAAACCACGAAACUCCUCCGGAGAAGUUACGAGGUUUACGGCUUUAAGUAUUGUCGUCCAAGAUAGCAAUUACUAAUUUCCUUGAAAUGGAGUUACGAGGUUUGCGACUUAAGCCGACGAUAUAGCAUUCUUACAUCAUCGAUGUGUAUGUUUACAUGAUAGUGUUGUGUAGGUACGUUUAGAGGCCACGCGUACCCAUUCCGCGCAGUUUUUUAAGUGAGUUACUAGUGUUACUAUGUUGUUACAAUCCAGCAUAUGAUUGAUGGUAUUAAUUCAUUUGAUUUUCUAACUUAAUGCAAACAAAAUAAAGUCGAUAUUUAAAACACAUGUACGAAUACCUUAUAUUCGUAUGAUUCUUGUAACUUGACUUUUAUGUUUACUGUAACAAGGGGUUGUCCAUAAAUUACGUCAUCGAUCCCCCCCCCCCCCUAAAAUCCAAAAAUCAUGCUUCGAAUGGAAAGGUGGAAAAUCAAGGAAAUCCAUUAGCGAAUAAAAAAUAAAUGUAAAUUGUGGUAAUGUAUUACAAGCAACCCCAUUAGUGCUAUUAUAU